AAGACAUCUAAAAUAUUUCAAUUAAUAUAAUAAAAUAUUUAAAAUUAAAAUUUUAAUAAUGAAAUUUUCACUAUUAAAUGUCUUAUUUAUAGUAUUUAUAUUAUACGGCACCGGUAGUAGUAGUAGUAGUAGUGCCCGUAGACUACUAUUUCGUGGCCGACCAGUCAACAGAUACGGUAUGCUUCGGCCACCCGUUCCCGACAAUUAUGUCAAUACAUUAGCCGAAAAUUGGUAUAACCAACGAGUCGAUCAUUUUAAUACUAGCGAUACCCGUACUUUCAAACAGCUUUAUUUUGUAAAUCAUGAACACUAUAAAACUGGUGGACCGGUAUUUCUAAUGUUGGGCGGAGAGGGUGCCUCCAGUGACUACUUUAUCAGAUCGGGUGCUAUUGCCACGUAUGCCAAAAAGUUUAACGCUUUGACUGUAGAACUGGAGCACCGAUACUAUGGCCGAUCGGUACCGACUGUGGAUUUAUCGGUUGAUAAUCUACGCUAUCUAUCCAGCGAACAGGCGCUCAAAGAUGCCGAACAGUUUGUCCAGUUUCUGGUCGCCGAUCGGUUAGCACUGGCCAAUAGUAAAUGGAUUGUAUUUGGCGGGUCCUAUUCGGGAGCACUGGCCGCUUGGUUUCGCGAGAAAUAUCCCAAUGCAGUGAACGGUGCUGUGGCCAGCAGUGGUCCGGUUGAGGCCCGAUAUGAUUUCAAAGAGUAUUUGGGUGUUGUCAGCCAAUCGUUGGGCACCGACUGCUCCAAUCAGAUCAGAGAGGCUGUCCAUCAAUUGGAGGCUCAGUUGAAGACACCCGAGGGCUGGCAGUCAAUCGAUAAAGAGCUCAAACUGUGUACACCGUUGAACGGCUCGGACACGGCUUCGGUAAACAAUCUAAUGGAAACACUGACCGAUCCGAUAGCAUCGGCCGUACAAUAUAAUAGUUCAAACGGUAACAGUAUAGGUCGGGUAUGUUCAGUGAUGACCAAUACUAAGGACGGCCGGACACCAUUGGAACGGUAUGUCAAACUUCAGCUACAGGUACUGCACGGCGGCAGUAAAUGUCUGGACUAUGAUUAUAUGAAAAUGAUUGACGAGAUUAGACAGUCGUCUAAGACAUCGACAUCAGUGAGAACCGGGAUGAGACAAUGGACUUACCAGACAUGCACUGAGUUUGGCUACUAUCAGACCACUGGCCUACCGGACAGUCCAUUUGGACACAACAUACCCAUUGAUUAUUUUAGUAAACAAUGUACGGAUAUUUUUGGCAAACAAUUCAAUGCCGACUACAUCCAGAAAGCCGUCCAAACGACUAACACCUAUUACGGUGGUGUCAAACCUACCGUAACUAAAGUAGUUUUUCCCAAUGGAUCAACUGAUCCGUGGCAUGCGUUGAGCGUAUUGAAGGACCUGAACAAUAGUACCCGUGCUGUACUAAUUCACGGCACCUCCCAUUGUGUGGAUAUGUAUGCUCCCAGUGCUAAUGAUCCCCAUGAGCUGACCGAUGCCCGUCAAACCAUUGAAAAACAAUUGCAAUUAUAG